AUGUGCUCCACGCUUAUCGCAUGUGUCGGCCUGGCCAACAACCUGGCAGCAACAGUGUCUGUUUCGAAGUUUUGGGCUUCGACAUUAUUUUGGACAGAAAGCUGAAGCCUUGGCUACUUGAGAUCAAUCGUGCUCCCAGCUUCGGAACAGAUCAGAAGAUUGACUAUGAUGUGAAGAAAGGAGUUUUGCUAAAUGCGUUAAAACUUUUGAACAUAAGAGCGAGCGAUAAAAAGAAAAAUUUGGCCAAACAGAAGGCAGAGGCUCAAAAGAGGCUGUACGGUCAGGGAUCCAUGAAAAGACUGUCGCCAGGGUCGUCAGACUGGGAAAAACAGCGCCACACGUUGGAGAGGAGGAAGGAGGAGCUGAAAGAACGACUCGCUCAGGUCCGUAAACAGAUAUCCAAGGAAGAGUAUGAAAACAGACACAUGGGGAACUACAGGCGUAUCUACCCACCGGAGGAUAAGCUGCUGUUAGAAAAGUACGAGGGUCUUCUGAGCACAGCCUUCCAGACAUUCCUUGCUGGCAGGGCCGCCUCGCUGCAGCGUGAGAUGAAUAAUCCGCUGAAGAGGAUGAAGGAGGAAGACAUUUUGGAUCUUUUGGAACAGUGCGAAAUAGAUGAUGAAAAGCUGUCUGGAAAAUCUACUCGGCACAGAGAACCACGGGUA